CAUACAUAUACAGAGAGCGAAUUCAUCCAUCUACAAGAAGCCGCUAAAGCUAUAUCUCUCUUGUCUCACUCUUUAGUUAAUUUCGGCUAAUUGAAUCCAACCUGUACUUGUACCUCAUUCGUCUUCAACAUGUAUGGUGAUUUGGGGACCAAGCUGGUUCAACAUGCCAAACGCACUCAGUCACUCGCAUACCUACCCCCCUACCAACGCGAGAUUGUCCAAGCGGUGACACGCGAAGUCCGUGACCUCGACAAAGAUGUGGCCCGUAUUCUUGAGCAACUUGAGCGAGCCCGAGCCGCUGCAGAGGGAGAAGAGGGAGGCAUCCCCCCCCCAUCCUUCAACCCCGCGGAUGACCCUGCUACCGCCUGCGCUCUAUUAGUCGACCAUUUAUCAAUGAGGCGAAACAAACGUUGUCUCCUUGCAUAUCAUAGAAUUCGGGCAGAGAAAAUAGAAGAAAUGUGCUGGAAAGGAAUAGACCCGCUAGAACACCAGCAAAGACAGCGGGAGAUCGAAAGUGGGAACAACAAUAGCGAAGACCAUGGAACACUCAGAACUGAUAGAACGCCCCUCUCGAAUGCGCAUUAUAACAGUUCGCUCACACCAGUGGAAGAGGAAUACUUUCGACAAUACAAUGAGAUGCUGAUGGCGUACAAGGGCCACUGGACUGAUGUUGAUUUAACUGGUAGCCUGGAACCACCGAAAGAGCUAUACAUCGACGUUCGGGUUCUGAAGGAUGCUGGAGAAAUCCAGACUGAAUACGGGUAAGUGGUCUCAUUCCGAAUAUGGCUCAACCUUUACCCACGUGGUUCUAGUUCAGCUCUUUGCAUCUGUACUCGAAGGCUAAUGGCGUUGAACUCUUCGCUUGGGAGAUACAUAGGUCGAUCAAUUUGACAAAGAAUAGUCAGUUCUUCGUGAGGUUGGGAGAUGUAGAGCAACUAAUCAGCCAAGGUUACCUUCAACGAUUAAAUUGAAAAUUACUCUUUUUUCGCCAAAGCUAAGCCAUGUGCGAGAAAACUAUAUGUUGAAUGACUUGACUUUUGAAUGGCCACCAGCCUUGGAAGUACCGUAUACAUCUUCAAAGUCAAAGAAAAUCGGCAACCUUAUUCCCCGUUCCAGGCCCGAACAAUCGAAUCGUCCAUGGUCCCCUUUCUGAUCCCCUUGAUUAUUCCCUCUCUUGUCUUCAAUCCCCUACAAUCACCUUGAUCCCCUUCAUCCCCUCCAUCAUCCAUCCAACCAGCUACUUGCCCGCAGAAAAAUGGCUGCAACCGUGGUAUUCAAGAAGCCAAACUCGGGAAUUCCUUCUCGCCUCUGCCACGUUGUGUAAACCUUCCUUAGCCUUCUUUUGCGUUUGCGGCCUCCCACCAACAACCGGCCUCACAACACCUUUUGGAAGACAGACAAGAAGAUAUUCCAGCGGAUACAGCCUAGUCCGCAGAUUAACUGCAUUAGCCAGUUUUUCAAGCCCCUCCACCAACCAGGGGUCUUCAACAGCAAAUGAACUGAAAAUUCUUGACAUAUACCUUUAAAACCUGGUUUAUUGUUGCAAUCAACUCCCAAAUGUUUAUGGGGAAAUCAUACCGCUGGACCACAUUCGGCUAUUGGUUCCGACCCGCGUAUAAAUGCAACUUUGAAUAAAUGCCGAUAAAAGUUGCUAGUUUUAUUCUCACGCAUGGGUAGAGUAACCGCGCUAGCAAACUGGAUAUUAAGAAUGAAGGUAUGGUUUGACCAUCACAGACGACUGAUGAACCACUAGUGACCUGGUUUCACGAGCCAACUAAAUAGUAGUUCAAUACUCCAUUUAAGUGUUAAUUAUUGGGGUAAAAAUAUUUCAUAAAUUCUCCUUCUAAAUGCAUUGGGAGAUUGUUCUUCCGUUCUUAGUACGGGAAUCUAGGGGUCGACAGGAGUUCUGUGCAAGAAUAUCUGAAACUGAGAAAUGGUAAAGGGUAUGUAAGAGUUGUAGAUUUUAAUACAUCAGGAUAUGGAGUCCAACUCAGCCAAAAAUUCCAGUGUAUCACUCCUUGUCGCUGGGUAUCUAGUGUGUGAUGUGGCCGAACGGCAAAUGUACAGUCACCAGAGGAAACGACCGAUCAAUAAGCCUCUUUAAACAGAAUGAUCGGACUUCAUAUUAGCCAGUAUGAUAUGUCACUCUGGGUAUCAUCGGUUGACGACUAACAGAGGCUGUUCGCAUACAUUUCCAUCACAGGGCUCCUCAACUAUAUCUUCGCACCGCCAUAGCGAAGAUACACGCACGAUGUUCCGUACUUCCAGGUCUUCUACUUCAUCAACAACCACGGGCUUAAGAUGUCACGUAUUUUUAUCACUAUAUCGGUCUUUAAAAGAUAGCUUCUUGGUGUAGAGUUCCCAGAUUGUUAUCUUGAGUCCAUAGAGACUAUCCUUGAUCGUUAGAGACGGAUCAGUUAAAUCAGGCCAGUUCUGAGCCCUCUUUGGUAAUACGUCGCUUGUUGCUGUGAGAUCAUCCCACUAGUAUGGGUCUUCAUCUGUCCUCCGACUCGCUAAAAUCAUAUAUCCGGAGCCGUAUAUCAACACAAAAGAAGGAGGUUGGCAGGCUUGACAUCACCAUAGAUAAUUCUUUAGUGUGCCAUUCCCGAAGGAUUCAACGUAUUUGACUCAUCAGCUCUCUGCAUCGGCAUGGCUCAAUGGCUUUCAGGUCAAAUGGCGUCUCAAGGCUGAGGAUAAGGCCCCGUAGUUCGCUCUCUCCUUCACCAUAUUGAAGAGCCGAUCUUCCAAACACUUUAACGGCGCAGUCCCGAGUUGUUAUUCCCACUUUUACACCGUUCGUCCGUCUUCAAACCUGUAAACUUGGGAGUUUCACGAGAAAGAAAAGUGGGUUACGAUCAUCGGCUGCGACGACGGUCCAUAUUUGGAGGAUCUGAAGCCUAUUUCUAGCGUAGCAUUGAUUUUAUUAUCAGUUAGUGGAACGAAAUAUCCUGUGUUAAUAUACAUGAAGACAGAGGCCAUGAGAUAACUUUUACCGUCAACGUGAUAUCUAGGCCUUACCACCAUAUAGCCAAAGCAAUAUUACUAACUGCAACUCGGCAAGAAAUAAGGUGUAUAGGAAGGCGUGAUGUUCUAGGCGCUUCUGUAAUGCAUAUAGUCGAUUCCUUUGCUCGUGAGUAGUUAAAUACUAGUAUGCGGAUGGUCACCAGCUUAGUCAGAGUAUGCGGCUCGUGCGUCUUAGUCAUCAAUAUUGCCAAGAAAGGCCGUGAGAUAAGCGUCAGUCUUGGCAUCGAACCCGAACUUCAACUUCAACUUCAGCC